UCCACUCAGGCCUCCAGAACUAAAAUCUGUGAACAUGACAGCUCCACUGUGCUUCAUCUGCUUUGUUUAGAAAGGAUACACCACGUCUCCAUUUGAACCUUUGCUUCACCUCCCUGCUGUCACGUCGGUGCACCUGUCCACCAUCCCUGUAAUGCUGAAGGACAAGAGCUACCAAGCCGGCAUGCUGAAAGCCAGUCCCGCCCGGGGCUUCUACCCGCACCCUCUCCCCAGCCCCCAUCACUACAUGGACUUCUUCCCGCGGACGCACAGCCUCCUCCAUCCGCUUAAAUCCCUCGGUCGUCUUGUGUCGGACGCCGAAGCAUCCCUGCCACUCAAUCUUCAGAGCGGAACCCCUCCUUUCCUCGGACAGGGAGGCCACCACGCCUCAGUCCUGCAUGAACACAUGUUGAACGUCUCCGGAAUCCCCUACCUGAGCCAGAUGUUGCCCGGACAUCCUCUGUACUCCAAACCGGAGGAGCUGGCUGCUGUGGUGACCGAACACGCCGCCGGUCCGCUGUCUUCAGACUUCAGUAGCUGCUCCACUGACAGGUCCUCGUCUACCUCUUCCUCCGCCAACUCACCACCCAAAGACAGUUUGUUUCGCCUCCGUGGCGCAGCGCUCUCACCAGAGAAAACGCGCACGUCUUAUAAUUUUAGUGAGGACGACUUGUUCACGGUUCUUUACGGUUAUUCCAGCAGCCAGGAGCGCAGCGCGGGUCAUGCUAUCUCUGGAGUGGCCCUGCCCGAAAACUCAGUUUCUGACGCUCACAUUCUCCCACUGGAUAAAGAAACACUUGAGCUUCCAGAAGGGUUAACCAUCCUCCAAACAGCCUGGGGAAAGAUCUCACACUGUGGAGUCUUCACAGACAAAAACAAUAUAUCAAAAGGAAUGCGCUUCGGGCCUUUCCAAGGGAAACUGGUCAACACCAGCGAGAUUAAAAUAUACGAUGACAACACAUUAAUGUGGGAGGUGUUUGAGAACGGCCGGUUGAGUCACUUUGUGGAUGGCAGGGGAGGAUCGGGAAACUGGAUGUCUUUGGUGAAGUGUGCUCGUUUUCCUGAAGAGCAGAACCUGAUUGCUGUUCAGGUCCAGGGCCAGAUCUUCUACGAGGCUUGCAAAGAGAUCAGGCCGGGCCAGGAGCUGCUGGUGUGGUAUGGAGACUGCUACAUGCAGUUCCUCGGCAUCCCACUCACCCUGAAAGACCCCAGAGAGGACAACAACGUGGCUCCGCCCACUGAAGAUGCUGGUGAAGGGUUCAAGUGUGACAGAUGUGGCAAGGUGUUUGCAUACAAAUACUACAGAGACAAACAUCUGAAGUACACACGCUGCGUGGACCAGGGCGACAGAAAGUUCCCCUGUCACCUCUGCAACAGAUCUUUCGAGAAGAGAGACAGAUUAAGGAUCCACAUCUUACAUGUUCACGAGAAACACAGGCCUCACAAGUGCUCAGUGUGUGGAAAGAGUUUCUCACAGUCUUCCAGUCUCAACAAACACAUGCGUGUGCACUCUGGAGAGAGGCCAUACAAGUGUGUGUACUGCAACAAGGCCUUCACUGCCUCCAGUAUUCUGCGCACACACAUCCGCCAACACUCCGGAGAGCGACCCUUCAAGUGCAAGCACUGCGGGAAGGCCUUCGCCUCCCACGCCGCCCACGACAGCCACGUCCGGCGGACCCACGCCAAAGACAAGCCGUACGCCUGCGACCUCUGUGGAGCUUCUUUCCAAGAGGAGCAGGAGCUAAAAUAUCAUAUUAAAAGUCACAAAAAAAGACAAAUCUCGGACAGCACAGCCUUCCCAGCUUCUCCAGGGAGUGGACUUCAGGAGGACUCCGGGUGUCUAGUGAAGGACAAUCCGAAAAUACAAAAAAGCGCCGGACAAAGCUUUUCUUACACCGGGUUAACAGUUUUAAACCCGGAAUACCGGCCCUGGAACUAGUCUCGCCUGCAUGAGCUAAACUAUACCUCGUAAAUGAUUCUAAUCGUGUGUAAUAGGGUAUUUUUGGAGGAUAUUGGAUGAUGUGUUUUUACAGAAACCUUGGCGAUUAUUAAGGAUGUCAGGAUCUAGUAGUAGUCCUCUAGGUAAAAGCUGCUCAAGAAAAAAAAGAGCUCUGUAAUAAAGCUAAUUAAAUGGGCUCAUUUUAAUUUAAAUUGUUGGCAAAAUGUGUCGAAAUCUAUUUAUUAUAUGUGGAAAAUAUGUUGUGUGUUGUGUCGUGUUGUGGCUUAAAGCUUUCACUCUGCGAUGGUAUUGUGAACCCAGUAGGUAACAUAGGCUAAUAAUAAUAACAACCAAAACUAUUAUUUUUAUUUGUUGUUAUUAUUAGCUAAAGUUUCUCAUCAUUAACGCUUGAAAAGCAAAGCUAUUUUUAUCACUGUAGAUUUGAGCCUAUUUGUGUAUAAACUAAAUGUUACCUUCUCUUAAUUUAUGAUGCUGCCUACUAUAAUAUUUUGUACUGUACUGUAAAGCUGCAAAAGCAAUUGAAAGUGUCCUCGU